AUGACGAGUGAAGAGGUACUGCAGGCCAUCCGUCUGCAGUGGGAAGUUGUGCUACAGGGCAAAGCCUCCAUGACACGGCACGGCUACGUUCGCAGAGAACAUGUCGCCGAGCUUUCCAUUUGGGGCCGUGGUUUGGAUGCCCUGGAUAAGGCUGAUGAAUACCAGAGUGCUGUGACCAGCAUCCACUUCCACUACAUCUUGAUCGAUACGCUGUGCGGUGAGAUUGCUCGCCUGUUGAAGUUCAAGGGCUUGAGCAGCAUCACGUUCAUUCAGAAUCAGAUUCUGGAUCCGCGGGCACUGGAGCCGUUUCGCCGAAUGUCUCGCUUGACAGAUGUUGUCAUCAAGGAGAAUCCCGUUUGCACGAACCGUGCCAAUCUUCGCGUAUCGCACCUUCAAUUAGCCUGGCCUGCCCUGCAGAGUCAUCGAUAUGAAAGGGCUGAGAAUGGAGACCGUUUAGAGUUCGGGCACUUUGAGGUGGGCAUCAUUCGCUGGCUGCCCCACCUCCGCAAGAUAAAUGAUCAAGAUGUGACGGACCUGGAGCGUGCGGAUGCGUGCAACCUUCAGGCAGCUUUGCACCUGGUCGUCAGAAAGUGUGUUUUAGUUGGGGCAAGGGGGAAUGGGUUGGCAAAACAUCAGUUGAAGAAGCUUUCCGUCCUGGUGGUUGUGGGCGGUGGGGCUGGGGUGGUGGAGGGAGCGGAGUUUGGGCCGGUGCUUCCUAGUCCGGAGCCGCGCGUGGCAAGCGCCGAGGUCUUGUUCACUAACGGGGAUGCGUUUGCAUGGUUUUUGAUGCUUCACCAUGCUUGUACAGUUGAUGAGCGGAUAUCAGCCGUCCAUGAGCACUUUCGGGAAGUUGUGAGGGAUGCAAUCAGCGAGGUGUGGUGCGAUCUGGCGGAGACCUCAAGUGCUGCGCCCCCUAUGCCACUGCCAUCAACAGGCUUUACCAUCGACGAGUAA